GAUGUUUCCCUGUAAACAGUGCCGGGACAUGCUUAUAAGCCGAAGAAACUUCCUGCUAACUCACAGCAGGUGCAAGAGCAGCUCAGAAGACGCUAUAUGAGAAGAAGGACUUCUACAUUGAGGAUUUAUCUCUGACUUCAUCAUGAGGCUGUUUCUGGUUUCAGAACAGCUGCUGGUGCUUUUAACAGUCCUGUCACUCACCAGAGCACAGACAACAUCUGCACCAACAACAGCAGAAACUACAACAACACCUGAACCAACAACAACAUUGGCAGAAACUACAACACCUGAACCAACAGCAACAUUGGCAGAAACCACUACAUUGGCAACCACAUCAGCAAUUACAACGAAUGUACCAACAACAACACCAUUGGCAGAAACCACAGCAGUCACACCAGAAACUACCACCAGAGUGGAAACCAGCACAACAGGCAUUACACCACCUGCACCCACAACACUGUCAGAAACCACUACAUCAACCACCAUAGUCUCAACCACCACUGCAACAACAACUCCAUGGACAGCACCGGAGAUAUUUUAUCCAUUUGGCGCAGCGGUAGGGGAUGCUAAUGUUCUUGAAACUGGUAGUGAAACCUCCAAAUUUGUUACCUUCUCCAAUCCAUUUACCUACUUCGGCCGCAAGUACAACAGCACAUACGUUAAUAAUAACGGACUUAUUACGUUCAACCAACCUUUACCAGAAGCUCAUCCUCCUUACCCUUUUCCCACAUAUGGAAAUGAAGAUUACAUUGCUCCGCUCUGGACUGACCUUGAUGACCUUGGUAUUGGUAGAUGCUGGUAUCAGCAGUACACCAAUGGAAGUGUCCUCACUCGGGCCACUCAGGAUAUAAACCAGUAUUUCCCUGGAAGGGGCUUCUCUGCUUCUUGGGUCUUUGUUGUAACGUGGGACUAUGUGCUAACAUGGGAUAUGAAUGUAUUUAACAAUCACUCAGGCCCGGCAAUCACAUUUCAAGCGGUUUUAAUUUCAGGUGAUGGUUUCUCUUUCAUUCUGAUGCAUUAUGGUGACUGUGCUGGGGAGCAAUAUGCAGCUCAGGCUGGAUACGACACUAUAGGUUCCACUGACUACUAUCAAAUUCACCAUAAUCCAAAUAAUGGCUCCUCCAUCCCAAUCCUCAAGACCACGACUAACGUAGACGUUCCGGGUCGUUGGGCCUUUCUUGUGAACAACGGAUCAGAAAUCGUCAUUGGAGUUCAAAUGAAACUUAGGUCAUUUUCAGACCUAACACAGAGUGGAAACAUUGAGCUUGUUUUGCAUCAAAUAAAACAAGAGCUGAUCAAUCAUGGAGUGUCAAGUAACUUUGAGCUGAAGUUAAGGAAAGUUAAAAAGACACAGUCGUAAUACAGGACAUGGAUGGGAAUUAAAACUCUGAUUGUCUUAUUGCCAUUGAAUGUAGAAACUGAUAAAGAGAUGAAUGUCACUCCACAGGAAGGGAUCAUGUAUAUUUCUCACCCUUCAAUGUCAAGUUUUUUAAACACGUCUAAUAACUGAAACACAAACAUGAUUCAGCACUAAUAAUGAAAUGAUGAAUGAAUGGAAAUGAAUUAUAUACCAUGUUUAUUUAGCUUGAAUAAUAAUCAUUGAUUUUCCUUUUUUUGUCCCGCCUCCUUAAGAGUUUCAGGGGUUUUAACUAAUCAAACUGAUCUGUAGUAUGUGAACAAUGAAAUUAAACCUGUUCUUCGUCUA